AUGUGUUCCGACACCGCUCCUCCCGUGCAAAAGCUUCAGAAAGCUUUAACGCGUCACUUUUACAUCGCCUUUAUCCAACCACCAAACGUCAAAAUGGCACGUGAAGGAACCCGCUCCCAGACCGGCAACUCCAAGCCGCGUCUCUUCCCAGUCGUCGACACCGCUCCUGUUCGCAAGCAGAACACCACGACCACCACGACCGCAAAGAAGCCCAAGACUACUUCUACUGCUGCCAAGGCCGCGAAGCCUGUCGGCGUCACCAAGAAGAAGGCCACCACCGCCAAGAAGGGCCCUUCUGUCGCUACCAAGGCCAAGUCGGUAGCCAAGAAGGCAGAAACCAAGGUGGCCGCGGCCACCAAGGCAGGGAAGAAGGAGACCAAGCCCAAGACCACAAAGGCAAAGGCGACCCCCGCCGUCGCAGCCUAA